AGGACCGGUGGCUCAGCCCGCAUCGCAAUUGCCAGCCAUCCAUUACGAGCUCCAUCCGUUGGAGGCAGCCGUCGAUGGCGCUCACGCUCUCCUUCGCACCACCUGCUGCCGCGGCCACCACCAGCAGCAGCACAAGCUUCCCCCGGCCGGCAGCGGCGGCGGCUACGGCUACGGCUACGGCAUGGAGCGUCAGGAGUCGUCGUCGCCGGAACGGCAACAGCUGUGGGAGGGGACGGAUGCGCGUGGUGGCGAUGGCCGACCUGCUGGGGGACCUGGGCGCGCGGGACCCGUUCCCGGCGGAGAUCGAGAGCAACUUUGCGGAGAAGGUGCUGGGCAAUGUGGACACGCUCCACCGCAUCCUCAUCCCGACCCUCUCCGUGCUCUCGAUCGCCCGCCUCCCGCUGCAGCCCGACGCGGCGCCGGUCGGCCUCGACGACGCGCGGAAGCUCCUCCACAAGGUCGUCGGGUGGAGGCUGGUCCUCGAUGAGAACGAAGAGAAGCCCGAGCGGCUGCAGUGCAUCUGGAAGGUGCGGGACGAGGCGUGCGGCCAGGAGCUCAUCGCCAGGAUCAACGCCGCGCUCGACGGCGCCGACCACCCCCCGGUCGUGCUCCUCUUCGAGGCCCCCAACCAGGUGAGGGCCGAGCUCUCCACGCCCUCCGCCGGCGGCCUCACCGUCAACGACUACAUCGUCGCGGCCAGGAUAGAUCAAGUCAAGACGCUCGAUCUUAUCCCAAAGAAGCGAGUCUGGGCAUGAAUCGUCUGAAUCAUUUGCUUCCUUGUUUCCUUCCUUAUUUCCCAGUGUUUAAAUUUGGUGUACAACAUAUCGUCAUAUGAAUGAAACAUUUUUGCAAUCCUUCAUUCCUAAA